UUUUGGAUCAGCGCCGGCUGGCGUCGGGGAAGGGGGUCGGAGCUGCCCGCCGCUGUGUGCGACCUGCGCACAACUUGCGAAGGUGGCAGGUAGCGCAGGCGCAUGCACGAUGUCCCAGCAGGGGUGCCUCAAGGCCCCCGUGGCGGUGCGCACCGGCGUGCCCGGGUGAAGCCUGGCAAAGCGACGCCUGUGGUUUCGCCUUUGUGGAAGACCCGCAUGUGCGAAUUCUGGAAGGCCAACAAGUGCCAAAAGGGAGAGGCCUGUUCCUAUGCUCAUGGCGAGGCCGACCUGCGGCCCUCGCCGGACUUCGAGCGCACGUCGGUCUGCCCGGCGUUCCUUCACCAUGGCCGGUGCGACAAACCCCAUUGCCGCUAUGCGCACUCGGUGGAGGAGCUCCGAGUGGCGCCGAAUUUGCUCAAGAGCAAGAUGUGCAGUUUUUAUUUAUCUGGCCGGUGCGUGGUGGGCAAAGCAUGCCGCUUUGCCCAUGGUGCCGAGGAACUAGAGGAGGCAACCGCAGUCCUGAGCAAAGCCGCACCGCAGGUGGCCCCUCUGGUUGCGGCACACCCGCUGGAGGCGGGGCCGCAGCCUUUGGGCCUCGCGGCGCCGGCGCUCCUGGUGCCGUUGCUGGAAGUGCAGGAGGUGCGAGAGGAGGCGUCACCCGAAGGUCCCUCUCCACCUCGGCAGGUGAUGCCGGAAGCUGAUUUGUCGACUGCAGAGUCAGACCUGAUGACAUGGCCAUAUGACGAGACUUUGAAGCCAAUGGAGCCCAUGAAGGUGGUUGUUGCAGCUGCCUGGGCUGACGAUUUGAACGACUUGAAGGAGACUGGUGAGGCCUUGUCCUCCCUGAAGGAGAGCAAGGGGCCUGGGCGCCCUCGCCCCGAGAAGCGGUCAAGGGCCCAUCGGGUGCUGGUGGAUACAUUAGCCGAUCUCGAACAGUUCCCAACCGCAGUGAUCUCGUCCGUGGCCGUCGACACACAGAAAGAGUCGGAGGAGCACUGUGUGGUGGUGAACACCAGCCCCGGUUUGCUGGAUCUAGGUAGCCGUCACAGAGAAGCCGUGAUAGUGUUGGACAUCGAAGAUGCUAUAGAUGUAUCUGGGCCUCUUGCAGGCUGCGAAAAGUUGGAGUCUCACCUGGUGCAGAUCCACCGGAGGAGCCGCCAUCGGGAGGAAGGCCGCAGAAGCCGCAGCUGUGCGGCCCGUCGGACCCCUGGGUCCCCUCGCGCUUUCCGUGCGCACGGCGAGGGCCAUUCACGAAGGGGUGGAGCACGGCAGUGCUGCGAGGAGGUGUCUGUGCCAGAGAGCUGGUGCCGCAGCCAUGACGCUCGAAAUCCACCCUCGCAGGCGUGCGUCAUUUGCCAGCGGGCCUGUGCCAAGCCGGACCCGCUGAAGCCCUGCGCGGCGUGCAACUGCGGAUAUCGAGUUAUCCAACAAAACACCUUCCUCACAGUUGAGGAAGAAGAUGAGGGCUCCGACGCAGAGAUUCCGAUUCGCCGAACACAGAGCCUGUAGCCCGUGGGCCGUCUCGGUGGCCUGUAGCCAUGCGGGCGCUCGCCACACAUCGACGCCCCAAGGCUUUGCCCUCCAAGUGGAGGGAAAGGUUUCUUCAUUCAAGUGUCCAAGGAAGGAAUUUUUGUUGGGGGGGCCCUAAGUGGAGGGGUGGAGAGAAUUAUGGGAGGAUGUUCCUCGAACCUGUUGAGAGGAAUGCGACCCGGCCUCCGGGAAGGCUUGGUGCCGCAAGCCGCACCUGGGCCGUGUUUCAAGCACUCCAACCCCCGAAGAAGAGGUAAAAAUCCGAGAUCGAGAGCCAAGGAACCUUUGGAACAUGGCUGACUAUGGAUGGGAUGGAUAUGAUAUACAAGUGUCCGAUAGCGUCCGAACUAGUCUUUUGGGAGUAUCGUUCAUACAGUCUGCGGGGAGUUCGAGCUGGAUGGCCAUGAGUGUCGGAAUUGGCCCUCCGUCUCACAGUGCCAGCCAAGCCAAGCUGGUUCAACAGCUGAAUGGAGAGUGACACCGGCUGGAAGAGUGACCCGUUGCGCAUCCGACAGUGCCCCGUCGCACCCGGAGAACAUCUGGGAGCGCCAUAGUCGAGUUGAGGAUCUGUACAGAAUUCACCGGGAAACUGCAAACCUGAGCGAUCAGACCCUGACCACCUGUGGAUGAUCCGGG